ACCUAACGACGCUUUCAGUACUUCAGUGCAGCAGCUACCGGUUGGCCUAGUUUCGCAACCUGUCGAUUGAUAAUAAAUGAACAGUUUUCUACCAGCGAAACUUAGGCCUACGUAGUCUUAUGCACAAUUGAAGUCAGCAAGUCUCACGAGUAUAUUAAGGAAAUUUCCUGUAGUUUGACCAAUAUUUUGAAGGCACAAUGGCAAGUCAGCCUGCUUCAAACCCUUUUACUCAUAUCCCUGGACUCAGUAAAGAAGAAUUAGCUCGCAGGUAUACACAGUGGGCAGAACAACAAAAGUACGAGCAUGACCUUCGAGAAGAAGUUUACAAAGGUCCGGCUAUAGUUGCAGACGUUAUGAUUAAUUUGUUUCCAGAGGAAAAAUCACGAAAAGACAUUUACAUUCUGGACGUUGCUGCUGGUACGGGAUUUGUCGCCGAAAAGUUGAUCCAAGAAGGUUUCGAAAAGUUUGACGCUCUGGAGCCUAGUGAAGGCUUACUGAAUCUUGCUAUUGCCAAAGGAAUUUACUCAAAGACUUUUCAAACUUUUAUCACAGAUACACCAACAUAUAUUGAAUCAGAUUCUUAUGACGUUGUGAUUGUGUGUGGAGGAUUUGGUGAGAACCACAUACCUUGCAGUGGUCUUGAUGAAUUCAUACGUCUGGUCAAGCCAGGUGGCCAUGUUGUCAUAGCAAUGAGUGAAACAUUUCUGACCAGUGUGCUGGAAUACAAGGACAGAUUGGAACCAAGAAUGAAAAGACUAGAAGACGAUGGAAAGUGGGUCUCAAUUCGUAGGACAGUUGUCCCGAGAUAUUUUGAUGUUUACAACGGCGUUGUUUUUGUUUUUCAAGUCUCCAAGUGACGUCAGUUUAGGGCAGAGAAUGAAAACAGGUUUAGGACAAUUUAACGACAAAAAAACUGGUAGGCCUAAAUCUAGAUCUAAUAACCCUAAGGGCCUUGACAUUCAACUUAAAUCUCUCAUCUGCCCAUUGCCUCUCGUCGUUAGGUGUUGUGACAGUCUGUCAAAAAUAGGAUUUAGGCCUACUACUGCAAGGGUGAACGACUGUAGAAAAUACUAUGCUAUAUUAUUUUACUUAGAACUUUCUUUUAUCCAUUACUAUAUGUCCUUUUUUUUUUUGGUAACUUUAAGCCUAAUGUGUGUUAUCUUUUUUUUUUUUUUUGUGUGUAGUCGAUGAGGGCCUUAAGACCCAAACAUCCUUUGAUUUUGCUUGGUCCGGCUGGGUAACCUAUAAUAAUGCUAGGCUAUAUGUAUGUUUGACUCUUCCCGGUCAGCGGCUGUUCUUAGAAGGAUAUCAAGAGAGACGUUGGUCCACUCUUUCACGUUGUCCAGCCUUUCAUUGGACGACCUCCACUUCGUGCUCCCUCCCCCUGUACCCUGAAGAAUGACAGUCAUGUCUUACAAUAGGACCGAACCAUCUCAACUUCAGUAUUGAGUUCCUCCUUUUUGACAGCCAAGACUUUUGCUAGUACGUCGGUACUCGUGUGACUACUUUUGUUUUAGUCUAUAUUUUGAUAAUUUCGUGCCAAGUUGGCUUCGUAUAUAUUUUUUUUUUUGCUGUGAAGUCUUAAUGUGGUUUUAAGCCAGUGUUAACAGAAGCCUACUUCUAUUUCAAUAACCCUAUAUACAUUCAUCAUUUUAUAGUCCUAGAACCUUUAACCUUACAUAACAUUUUUAGCGGCUCCCGAAAGGCGAAUUGGCGUUAUUAGUUUUGUGUCUGUCCGUCCCGUUUAGAUCUCGUAAACUAGAAAAGAUAGUGAAAAUCCAACAUCAUGAUAUUUUAGACCUUUCAAAGUUCUGAUGCAACGGCUACUUUUUUGUUUUCUGAAAGCGAAAAAUCUAAUUUUUUAAAAUCAACUAUGCAAGUACGUUUUUUUUUUCAUACAAAUACACCAUUUUUACAACUAUUCACUAAACAUGGGAGGCUAUUUAGUAAGGGAGAUGACGAUAUACCAUAUUCUGAACACAUUCAUGCAAACGGUUUUAGAUUUUUUUGUUACAAUUGUCUUGCUGAAUUAUACAAGUUUUGUCACACUAACUACUACAUUUACAAAAAAAAAUAAAAAUAAAUAACUAAUAAAAAAAUAAAUGUUUACUUCUAUUUUUAAAGAGAAAAUAAUCUAUUUAGUAUGCAUAUAAGUAGAACAUAAUCUAAAACAACAAUUAAUAAGUAGGUUUUCAUAUUAUCGCUUGUACUGCUAAGUGUCACUACAACCGUAUUAUGAAAGACUGAAGGGGAGAACAAUUUUUUUUUAGGCUUUGAAUAAGAGACUGACCCUUGACAGAACAAUUAGAUAAUAUGACAUUAGUUAGGACAAGUUCACAUUGAACUUCUGCUGGGGCACUACACAAGAUCUGCUAACCUUCAUUCUUCAAUGUCAUUUCCCUUUGAUAGAAUGUCAUUCUGAUAUUCUUGCUGAAAAUAUUGAAACCUGCCUGAGUGGACCACUUCGGGGUCCGAUUUUGAGUUUGUUUUUCCAAACAAACUGUCUUUGUAACCUUGUGUGUGUGUGUGGGGGUUCCCGUACGUCGUGAGCAAAUUAAAAACUUCCAUUCAAGAAUUCUAAGUGUGCUUACACCAAACCACUGCAUCAGAUUUCAGGAUUUAGCAAGGUUGAAUUUUGUUUGGGGGAAAGGGGAGUAACAAUGUUGAACUUUACUAUUAUCACACUUUCCAUGAGAAUUAAAGGAUAUCCUUCAGAACUACAUCCUUAGAUCUAAGUGAAAACAAAAAUGUAUUCCUUGAGUUUUGUGUACCGGUACAUACAUUUUUGUAGUGGUUCUGUAAUUAUUGCUCAAGUACUAUAUAUAAGUCUUCUAGAAUUACUGCAAAUAGUACAAUUACGGUACUUUUAAAUACAUUUGUACUUUUCUCAAAGUUUUUUUUUGUGAUUUUAAAAAUCAAUUAAAUUUAUAUACAAUUUUGAUUAGACAAGAGGGUAGAAACUGUCUCAAUAUAACUAUAAUAACUUAGCCACUUAGAUCUACUGUAGGUGCAAUGUUUUAAGAUGCUUUUUGAGAUGCUUGAAUGAAAAAGAGUUCCUAUCUGAAGAGUUCCACAAGCAACUGGAUACACGAGGAGCUUACGGACUCAAAUAUUCAUUAUGGCAGGAUUUUAAUAAUUUUCAGCUAAUCAACACUGACUAAAAAAAAACAACAUUCCUAUUCAACAUGACAAUCAUUUCAAAAUGUGAGCAUCAAUCUUCAUAAAUUUAAGCUUGGGUGGCAAAUAGAACACACAAACCAAGACCUAACCCUAACCAAAAGGAAACAUGACUUAACUUCCUGAGGACUAUGAUGUUCAAAUUGUCAAUAUUAAAUGGGCAAUUAUUUUAUUGUUGAGAGAAACAUAAUUGUCUGAAAUACUACCAUAAACUAAUCAGGAAAACUAUUACGCAAGUAUGAAACACACACAAAAUGUUUAUUCCAAAUUUUUAUUUACAUUAAUUGUCUGAGUUCUUGAAUAUGCCAUAUAAUGAGAUUUCUACUAUUCUAAUGCACAGGCUUCUGUGGCCUUCAUCUUGUUAUAAGCAUUGAAAUCAAAUACUUCUUUGAUCACAUGGAAAUUACAAAUGCAAUAGUGAACAAAAUUAGGGAAGGGAGACAAUUUCAUAAGCUGUCAGAUAUGGCCAAGCCACCAGAAAACUACUACAAAUAACACUGGUCCAAACAUGCUAAGAAAUCAGGUCAGCUAGGAUUUAUAACCGGAGAACUCAAUACUCUUUCUAAUUAGAAAAAAAAUCACUUAUGCUUAAAUAAAUCAUAGUGUUGAAAAGCUCAGCAAAUAAAAUGAAAACCAAUGAAUGUACCAACAACAACACAAAGUUGAAAAGGAAGAAACGUAGUGUUAAAAAAUCUUUACAUAACGAUAAAACUUUUAUUAACAAAACCAGUGAUAUAUAAAAAAAAAAUAAAAAAUGAAA